UGCGGCAACAGCGAUCGCGCACAACCCAGACAACCAGCGAUGGGCCGCCCCAAGAGCGACAGCUUCGCUAAGGAAGGCGAGGCGCUUCGCUCGUCCUUUAACCAAGAGAAGACGCUGUUCGAUAAGCUCAAGGCCGGUGUGCACAAGAGCCGAGCCGGCUCGUUCGACGAGCAGCGGCUUAGCCGCAUGGGCUCGGGCGACGACCUCGUCGUGGACCUGCUUGACCUUAAGACCUUCAACCACCGGCUCGAGGCCGUCGCAGCGUCCCGCAAGGCAAAGCGCGUAGCGUUCGCCGAGGAGCUGUGCACGACGCACUACGUGGACGACCUCCAGUACCCAUGCCCUUUGUCGUCCAUGCCGUACAACAUCUUUCGCACGCGCCGCGUCAUUAGCUACGAGGAAGAAGAACAGCUUCUGACGCUCUCUUGGGAUAACGCGCUGCCGUACAGCAGCGUUGACUUUGGCGCCGCCGUUCUGCAGAUGCACUCGCGCAACAUGGACUUUCUGCUCGUUGGGCCCGUCAAGAUCCACCACGUGUCGUGCAUGGGCAUCUCGUGGAAGUCGUACUGGGCCGGCUUGGCCUCCGGUAUCAUGUGCUUUGCCGGCCUCGACGACGUCGAUCAGAUCUUCCAGUGCCCGAUCCACAAGUGCCGCGUCCAGGUGCUCAGCACCACGGAGAUGCGCAUGUACGAGGUCGCGGGGCUGCGCGACGUCGACGAACUCUUCCUUAAGUUUGCCAACGCAGCCACGCUGCACAUGUGGUUCUGGUCCAUCCAAAUGGCGUCCGCAUCGGCCUCGUUCAUGGACCCCGACCACUUCACCAAGCGGCUACGAAGGCUCAUGCGGUCGACACCCGAGGCGUCCGUGAGCUUUGUGGAGCAGCUCGGGCAGUCGCUCGGAUUUGGCGCGCGCAAGUCCGAUGCGCAACCGGACGUCCAGCUGCCCGUGACGCUGCGCAACCCGCCGCCGGUGCACCCGCUGGGGCCUCACACGCCGUCGAAUAGCAAACCUGCGGCGAUGCGCCACCGCAUCCUAUUUGUGCGCCACGGCGAGUACGAGAACCACCACUUCAAGACGAUGGACCCAGAGAAAUGCUUGACGCCGCUCGGCGAAGAGCAGUCGCGCGCGACGGCCAAGUACCUCUCGUCGCUCAUCGACGACGCGGGCUUGACGUACCAAGACGUGCGCAUCGUCUAUGCGAACGUCACGCGGUCGAUCCAAACCAUGGACUUCAUCGCCAAGGAGAUUGACGCGUCCGCGGGCAUCUACGAAACGUACAACCCGUACGAGACAUCGUCGCGCCAGCAACGCGUCGCCCGGCACGAGUUUGCUCUCUUGCGAGAGAGCGCGCCCCACGGUCUCUCAGCGUCGCAGCGCUACUUGAGUCGGUCGGCCAAGAUGGCACUUGCGCUGCAGCUGCUCUGCGCGCCGGACGACAUGUACCCAAUCACAAUCGUCGUGUGCUCGUCCAGCUUCAUCCGGUAUUGCACGCACCAGGCCGCGUACAACGUGGGCUUUGUGCUCUCGCCUGGAGAGAUGAACCACACAAUCGUCAUGGGCUACUGCAGCGUGACGCAGAUCGACGUCGGGAACGAUCAUGCGCUGUACCUGCGCGGUAUCAACGAAACGACGCACCUCGCCGGCGUGCGCGAGUCGGUGACGGCCCCACCCGUGGCCUAGUAAAACCUAUUUGUUGAUCAAUUUAAUGUUAGAAGAGAAGAACCGC